GAGCAUGUUUCCAUCUUUGAUGAGGUCUUUUAUAAACCUGUUGGUGCGCUCCAGCUCUAUCUCAUGGCACUGCAGUCGCUCUCUGAACUCCGGACUGUCCAGGAAAGAAUCACUAAACUCCAGCGUCGGCAGACCCAUUGAUAAAUGAAUGCACACAGUCGAUUGUUAGAAAACUCAAGUAAGCGUCGUUAUCGCUCCAAAACAGUGAAAUUCAAGUGAGAAAAGAGCGUUUCAAAGUCCUUGGAGAAAGUUUCUUCAGAAGUUUCUCCCAGCUCCCCUUUUUUCAUGCCUUUCUCUCACUUUUUUCCCCUCAGAACUUCCGGACACUGGAGCACAGCAGAGUUUCUGACACAGAGAGUUUAGCUAGCGCUACACGACGAGCUCUACGCUGCUUCUCUCGCCUUUAAAAAAACAAACAAACAAAAAACUGUUUAUACUACAAGUCUUGGCGGGUUUCUAGUUGUCUCAGGAAACACUACUGGUCACGAAAACACCGCCGAAGAGCUCAAAGUUGGACGUGUGAAAGUUGUCGGCGGAGGUUGUGUUGCUAACUCUGUCUACAUACUACUCUGAAUGAAGACAGACAGGUUGGUGUUGCCGGUGAUGCCAGUGAGCAGACAGACAGCAUGUUCAUCACAAAUACCAACCUACGACACCCCAGGCGUCACGCUGAACAGUUUCUGCCCAGUCGACCCUUCAGGGGAGAGCCGCCGUCAGUGGCAGGAUUUCUCCUCUACCCAGACACUCCUGCUAAGAUGGAAACAACAUCACAAGAAGCUUUCUGCUUUCGACCCGUCCCACAACCAGACAGAGGCAAAGGAGGCCAUGUCACCCAGAACACACAGCAGCAGUCCCACCGCUCUCAUCUCACAUCCUCGAGACAAACAGGAAGAGGAAACAGCAGCGGGGACAGUGAAGCAGGCGAGGUCGAGAUAGAAAGCCAGCGUGAUCGGACGGGGUCGACAGCGGGGGAGAAUGAACAUGGCACAACAGAAAUGAAGUCCCAGUAUCAGAAGGAUUUCCCCCCUCCAUCCUCCUGCCGCAGGAGGCGAACACCUGCCCACCCACAGCCAGACAACAUCGGCAUCAACCCUGCCUUCGGGUUCGAGUUCUGCACAGUCCAGAGAGAAACUUACCCUGGGUGGCCCGUCAUGAAUCCCAGGUGUGCUGGCCGGCUGAGAACGGCCUCGUCCAGACAACCGCACAUGACGUCUGAGUGAUACUCCAAACCAAAUCAGCAUGUGCUCCUCCCAGCAAAACAAGUGUGUGACUGUUGACUCUUGUAACAUGGCUCACCUUUAGCUCAUAAAUAAA